CUACGAGGAGCAUAAAAACCUGUCUCGAUCGUACACAAUACAGGUUAAACGUUUCCUGUGUAUUGAUACACCAUACAAGGAAACCAUCCUUCACGAGUGUCGUAUGAUAUUUCGAAGGAAUCAACGGCCACUGCUAAACGUUUCGCUGGAAGCGCCAAAGAAAUAUAACUACCUGAUGAUACAUUUCCAGAUGCACUACAAAUUGAAAAAGUACCAACCGUUCCUGAUCGACAUUAAGGCAGAGGGAUGUGACCUAAUGCGUGAUCGGAAGAAUGACCCUACUCGCCACUGGUUGUACGGAGUGAUGCAGGAUUUGAUGUCCAGUUUAGUGCAUCGCUGCCCGUUUGGGAAUAGAACCUACAGCGGAGUUUUUUCGGUGAAGGAAGAAAAUGCACCGAGAUUAAUCCCGGCCGGCGAGUACAGGAUGGAUAUAAUAUUUACAUCCAGGACCAAUGUAACGCUAUUCUCAAUGCAGCUGUUCUUUGAAGCUAGAAGAAGAGGUAUUCUGAAAUCAAUGUUAGAGUGGUAAGGGGCAAAUUAAAUGAUAAU